CGGCAGGAGGAGUAAGUGGAUAGUAGCUACUGUAAUGGCAUCGGCGCGAGCUCUCCGCCUUGUCGCUUCUAGGCCAUCCAUCAAUCACAGCAACCUGCUAGCCGUGCACCGCCGCCUCCUGUCCGCCAUGCCAGAAGCCAGCGGCGCGGGUGAUCCAGUCGUGCACUCUGGCGACGCACCGAGCGACGACUACACCGACCGUCCCGCGAGGUUCUCCGGCGCCGAGGAGGCUACAACCGGAGGCCGUGGAAAGCACCCGUCGACGCCAACGCAGUCGGAGCCCGCCAAGGAGCGCGUCCCGCCGUUCGCGCCGUCGGGGAAGCUGGGGUCCCAAGAACUCGCGGACUCGACGGGAGGUUCCUCCUUCACGCAGAAACGUCGGUUGUCGAGCGCGCCCGCCGGCCGGGACUCCCGCGAGGAGGCGACGCCUGGCGGCGAGGAGUCAGCGGCGAGGAAGGUGAGGGAGGAAGACAAGGAGUACUACCGGACGCACAAGCCGUCGCCACUCGCGGAGGUGGAGUUCGCGGACACUAGGAAGCCGAUCACGGCCGCCACGGACGGUGGCGCCGCGGACCGGUUCGCGGACGUGCCCGGGCGGAUGGAGGAGGACACGGUGGACGCGUCGCUCGCGCGCGCCGAGGCCAUGUUCCGGGAGGCCGCGUCGCGCGGGAACCCCGCGUGGCCGCACUCCCGCGCGCUCGCCGAGAUGCUUGCGCGGCGCAAGGAGAGGAACGCAGGGAGCGACGCGCCGUGGGGCAGCUGAAGAUGCGCAAAAGAGUUUGCGAGCACGUCGCUAGUGACACUGCAUUCUGUAACAGUACCAGCGGCUUCUGCAUCGAUCUCCAAGUUUACAACAGUGUCAGAAUUUUUACCACUACGUCUGUAUAUUUAGCAGGGAAUAACACAUGGCUUUGAUGUCUGUAAAUUGACCGGAUCGCACACAUGUAAGG